AUGAGACUCUUCCUUGUGUUCUUGAUGGUUCACACCAUCUUUAUCCCAUGCUUUUCCUUUGAUAUACUAGGAAAGGAAAUUCCUCUAACCCUAGAUUAUUACAUGUCUACUUGCCCGACCGUAUUUGAAGUCAUCAAGAAAGAAAUGGAAUGCAUAGUGAAGGAAGAUCCUAGAAAUGCAGCCAUAAUGAUUCGUUUACACUUCCACGACUGCUUUGUCCAAGGAUGCGAUGCAUCGGUGUUACUAGACGAAACAGAGUCAUUGCAGGGAGAGAAGAAAGCUUCUCCGAACACAAACUCAUUGAAAGGUUUCAAAAUUGUAGACAGAAUCAAGAACAUAAUAGAAUCCGAAUGUCCUGGAGUUGUUUCUUGCGCUGAUCUUCUCACAAUCUCUGCUAGAGAUGCUACAAUCCUGGUUGGUGGACCUUACUGGGACGUUCCUGUGGGAAGAAAAGACUCAAAGACUGCAAGCUACGAGCUUGCUACAUCGAGCCUUCCAACUCCUGAAGAGGGUUUAAUCAGCAUCAUCUCUAAAUUCUACUCUCAAGGUCUCUCUGUUGAAGAUAUGGUUGCUCUUAUCGGAGCUCACACGAUCGGUAUGGCGCAAUGUCGGAAUUUCCGAUCAAGAAUCUACGGAGAUUUUCAUGUGACGUCAGCGCUAAAUCCGGUGUCGGAGACGUAUCUUUCGAGCCUCCAAAAGAUUUGUCCGGCGAGUAGCGGAGAAGGAGACAGCAACGUGACGGCGAUGGACAAUGUGACGCCGAAUCUGUUCGACAACUCGAUAUACCACACGCUGCUGAGAGGGGAAGGGUUGCUUAACUCGGACCAGGAGAUGUACACGAGUAUGUUCGCGAUACAGACGCGGCGGAUCGUGAGCAAGUACGCGGAGGAUCCGGUGGCUUUCUUCGAGCAAUUCUCCAAGUCGAUGGUGAAGAUGGGGAACAUUUUGAAUUCUGAGAGCUUCGCCGAUGGAGAAGUUAGAAGAAAUUGCAGAUUCGUGAAUACAUGA